AUGCCGCCAGAAUUAGAUCCCGAAGAAGACUAUGCCUCCUCCGAGGAUUCAGAUUUCGCCCCCGAAGAUGUCCCCGAGCGCCAAUCGUCGCCCUCAGACGACGAAGGCGCAGGCGAGAAACAACCAGCCGCGAAUGCACGAAAGAGGCGUGCCGGGGAUAACGAGGCCGAGGAUGCCGGCUUUGAGAACUCGGGGGACGAGGCGGUGAUAGUGAAGGGCAAGAAACGGCUGAAGAAGACGAAGGGGAAGGGUAAGGAGGGGGCUGGCGAGGACGAUGAGGGCGGCGAGGGCGGGUUGAUCAAGACCCGAAGCAUGCGCGCACAGGAAAAAGCCGAGCGCAAAGCUAGCGGCCCGACCGGGCCCGUCACCAUCGACGCUGACGCAUUAUGGGCGCAAAUGACCGGAGCCGCUCCGGCGCCCUCGACAUCGACGGCACAGGUAGACAACGAAGGAGUAUCCGCCGCGGAUUCUGGGCCAGUUUCCGAGGCCCAACCCCAACCGCUGGCUAACGACGCCAGUCCGGGGAAGAAGGAGUCCCCAACAAUGAUACGGAUCAAACGAACCUACAACUUCGCCGGCAAAGUCCACAGCGAAGAGAAGCUCGUCGCGCGUGACUCGGCGGAAGCACGGCUCUACCUCGCCGAGAACGCGGACGCGGACGGAGAGGAGCAGCAGGCGGCCCGGCGGAUGCCGCGCAAGGCGUUCCGGUCGGCGUUCGAGCCGGCCAUGACGGACCAGCAGCGGCGCGUGGACCUCAACCUCGGGGUGGGCGUGCGGCUGCGGGCGCGGGAGCUCGCGCGGGACGCGGGCGCCAAGAAGCUCAACACGGUCGAGAAGAGCAGGAUGGACUGGGCCGGCUACGUGGACAAGGAGGGCAUCAAGGACGAGCUCGAGCUGGCGGGCAAGUCCAAGGAUUCGUUUGCCGCGCGCCAAGACUUCCUCGCCCGGAGCGAGGCGAAGAGGGAGGAGGAGGCGAGGCGCGCACGGCUUGCUGGCCGGGCGUGA